AUGGCUGACUCGGGGUCGCAGUCCGGCACCUCCGACUCGGGCCGCCCAUGGGAGGAGGAGCACGAGGCCAUCGCGGGGUCCAUCUCGGGCGUCUUCUCGACGACGCUGUGCUCGCCGCUCGACGUGGCCAAGACACGCGCGCAGGCUGACAAACGGCGGCGCGUGGUAGGCGUGCUCUCUGCGCUGCGGCUGAUCUACCGCGAGGAGGGCAUACGCGGCUGGUACCACGGGCUCACGCCCUCCCUCUGCUCCGCGUGCUACUUCCCGUGCUACGAGCACGCCAAGUCCGCGAUCGCGCGCGGCAGCGGCGCGAGCGGCGAGUCGCCCGGCGUCCACCUCACUGCCGCGGGCCUCGCCGGGCUCGUGACGGACGUCAUCACCAACCCGUUUUGGGUGGUGCGGACUCGGCUGACCACGCAGCACCUCUCGUCCGCCUCGCCGCAGUACCACUCGAUGACGCACGCGAUCCGGACCAUCUACGCCGAGGAGGGCGGCCUCGCCUUCUUCGCGGGACUGCGCGCUUCGCUGCUCGGCCUCUCGCACAUCAUGAUCCAGUUCCCGCUCUACGAGCGCUUCAAGCUCAUGGGCGCGGGCGGGAGGGCCGGAGGGCACAUCCGCGCGAGCUGGCGGGCGGACCGAAGGGGGAAGCAGGACGCGUCGGGCCCGGGCGUGUACGGCUCUGUCGAGCGCGGCCGCGGCUCGAGCAGCAGCCACGCCCCCGCCACGCCCGCCCUCGGCGAGGUGAUUGUCGCGAGCGCGCUGUCGAAGCUGGUCGCCUCCACGCUCACGUACCCGCACGAGGUCCAGUCCGACGGCGUCGCAGGGCUGUGGCACGGCUACCGCCUCAACAUUGUGCGCACCAUCCCGCAGUGCAUCAUCACCUUCACUGCGUACGAGACCGCCGCAAAGGCGCACCGAGCGCGCCGCGGCGGCGCGCACGGCGAGGAAGCCGGCGCGCCGCCACGGAGCGUCUCUCGCCACCAGCGGUCGGAGAGCGAGGGGGUCCUCACGCGCACCAGGACCGAGAGCAGAUGA